CCAACACAGACUGGAUCUUAGCAUCUGAGAAGGAAAAGCAACCGAAGUUCAGUUAUUGACAGAGCAGAGGCAGAACACUACUGGAAGGACCCAGAAGGAUCAGCCAGCCAUGCCUCCAGCGCAGAAGGAUGACCAAUUGGCUGAUAAAGUAACAAAUGAAAAGUAACCCGACUCCACUGACCUGUGCACCCCAGAGGGAAGGAUGGCAGGGACUGGCGCUUUGCUCUACCACAGUGGACCGGGUAUGGAGUAGAGCUCCUCAGCUCGCUGCCGCCGUCGCUUCUCUGCACACCUGUUUCCAGACCCGGUGAAAACAGCAAGUUCUUCCUGUCGGAGGUCAGAAUUGGAGUCACAGGAACAGCUUGAGAAAUGGCGUGUAACAUACCCAACCAAAGACAGCGGACUAUGUCAGCAACAGGAGAAACUCUAUAUGAAAUUCUUGGUCUGCACAAGGGAGCAUCAUGCGAAGAAAUUAAGAAAACCUACAGAAAAUUAGCCCUGAAAUACCAUCCAGACAAGAAUCCGGAUGAUCCAUCUGCCUCUGAGAAGUUUAAAGAAAUCAACAAUGCCCACACAAUCCUCACCGACCCGUCAAAGAGAAACAUAUAUGACAAGUACGGAUCACUGGGACUCUACGUGGCUGAGCAAUUUGGAGAUGAAAACGUUAACACAUACUUCAUGCUGUCAAGCUGGUGGGCAAAGACCCUGUUCAUCAUCAUUGGCCUCUUGACAGGCUGCUAUUUUUGCUGCUGCCUUUGCUGCUGCUUCAACUGCUGCUGUGGACACUGUCGGCCCAAAUCAUCAGCGCCAGAAGAGGACUUCUACGUGUCACCAGAGGACCUUGAGGAACAGAUCAGGACUGACAUGGAAAAAGAUAUGGACUUUCCAGUUGUUCUCCAGCCUACAAAUGCAAAUGAGAAGACACAGCUAAUCAGUGAAGAAUCUCGAAGUUAUUGCACAGACUCCUGAUGAUGGGCCCAAGAAGGGUUUACAGCCCCUCUGCUUAGUUCAGCCAUGUCUCUGGGUGGUUAAGGGGGAGGUGGGAACAUGAAAUGCUGUGAAUGUGUUCACAUUUGUAUUUUAUUUUUAGGUCAAGGGGAAGAUGAUUGCUACAUAAUUUUCUCAGACUUUCUCUUUGAGUAGAAUUCCUCCCUAAUGGAAAGCAUUCAGUUUGGUGAAUAAAGGCCCAAAGAGUUA